AUGAAUUCCUCUUAAAAAUUAAAGGAAUCUCAAAUUCCAGAAAAGGAGAAAGAUAAAAAUAAGACACAAAAAAGUAAAGAGGAUGCUAAAGAGGCUCUCAAAAAAAUUGUUGAAUAAGCUCGUUAAGCAAUAUUAGAGAAUAAGCUUAAUGUAACUUUAAUGCAAUAAUAAAGGCCACAGAAGAAGUUCAUAAAGCCAUGAUUGAAUACAAAGAGAUUUUGGGAGGUGAAAAUAGUGUUUUAUUACUUCCUGGUUUAUUUAUAUAGGCAGAAGCAUAUAUAGCAGAAGGCAAAUUGAAAAAAGCUGAAGAAUUUCUUUAAGCUGCUUAUUGGAAUCUGUAUCAAUAUAAUAAACCAAAAGAAAAAGGAAGUGAAGAUGGCAAUAAAAUGGGUUAAGAUAUAUCAGAAAAAGAGAAUGCUGAGUAUAAUGGUCAGUUGCAUAAAAUAUUUUCAAAACUCUAUUUUGCUUAAAAAGAUUACAAAAAAGCAUUAGCAGAAUUAACAAUAGGAGUAAGUUUGUUUUUAGAAUAUUUUGAAUAGAUUUAUACAGAUUCUUGCAGUUCUGAUCCAGAACAUCCAUAGACAAGUUUGAAUUAUUAUUAUAUGGGAUAAAUUUUCUAAUAAAAGAAAUAAACCUCAGAAGCUGAAUAAUUUUAUGCAAAAGUAAUAUAUUUAUAUAAUUUUAGACUUCUUAAUGUUGGUAUAAAUAUUUAAAGAGAUAUUAUCAAUAUNUAUAGCAGAAAAUAUGAUGUCAGAUUAAGAUAAAAAAAAGUUAAUGGAUGAAUUCUAAAAAUUUGAUCUCAAUAAAGAUGGAUAAUUAACAAAAGAUGAGCUUCUUAAAGUUUAUUCAGAAACUUUACCUCCAGAUAGGGCAUUAAAAGAAGUGAAUACAAUUUUUAAAAGAAUAGAUGUAAACGGUAGUGGAAAAAUUGAUUAUUAAGGUAAAAAAAGAUAUUGAUUAAAUUAGAAUUUAUUAUUGCAACUAUUGACUAAAAGAAAUAUUUUAAUAGAGAAAAACUUUUAAUGUUAUUCACGCAAAUUGAUAGAGAUCAUAGUGGAGAAUUGAGUAGAUAGGAAAUUAAAAAGUUAUUAAGAGACAUAUAAAUACCAAUUAAUAAAUAUGAAUAAUUAGUUAAAUAAUUAGAUUAAGAUGGUGAUGGAGCAAUAACAUAAGAAGAAUUUCUCAAAAUGAUGUUAUAAAUUUGA